AUGAGAUUUUUAAGUCAAGUGUAUGCCCUUUGCUUCUUCUUUGGAGUCAAAGUAUAUUGCCAAUAUGAAACUUACCAGCGAGAUGAAGACUAUGAUCAGGAGCCAGAUGAUGUUUAUCAACCAGAAUUCCAAUUUCAUCAAAAUGUAGAAUAUGGAGUUCCUUUCCAUCAGCAUACUUUAGCCUGUGCCAGUGAAUGCUUUUGUCCCCCUAAUUUUCCAUCAUCAAUGUACUGUGAUAAUCGUAAACUUAAGACUAUCCCAAAUAUUCCGAUGCACAUUCAGCAACUCUAUCUUCAGUUCAAUGAAAUUGAAGCUGUGACUGAAAAUCCAUUCACUAAUGCAACUCAUCUUAAAGAAAUUAAUCUUAGCUACAACAAAAUUAAAUCUCAGAAGAUUGAUUAUGGUGUAUUUACUAAGUUUUCAAAUUUAUUACAACUUCACCUAGAGCAUAACAAUUUAGAAGAAUUUCCAUUUCCUCUUCCUAAAUCUUUAGAAAGACUCCUUCUUGGCUAUAAUGAGAUCUCUAGACUGCAGGAAAAUGCCAUGGAUGGGUUAAUAAACUUGACCAUGCUUGAUCUUUGUUAUAAUCAUUUUCAGGAUUCUAUGUUCAAAGAAAAAAUCCUUUCCAAAAUGGAAAAAUUAAUGCAGCUUAACCUCUGUAGUAACAAAUUAGAAUCAAUGCCUCCUGAUUUACCUUCUUCACUUAUGUAUCUGUCUUUAGAAAAUAAUUCAAUUUCUUCUAUACCAGAAAAUUACUUCAAGGAACUUCCAAAACUGCAGGCUCUACGAAUGUCACACAACAAACUACAAGACAUUCCAUAUAACAUAUUUAACCUUCCCAACCUUAGAGAGCUCAAUGUUGGACACAACAAACUGAAGCAAGCAUUCUAUAUUCCAAGAAGUUUGGAACACCUGUAUUUAGAAAAUAAUGAAAUUGAAAAUAUCAAUGCUACAAUGAUGUGUCCAUCUAUUGACCCACUACAUUACCACCAUUUAACAUACAUUCGUAUGGAUCAAAAUAAGUUAAAAGAACCAAUAAGCUCAUACAUUUUCUUCUGUUUCCCUCAUAUACAUAGUAUUUAUUACGGUGAACAAAAAAGCACUAAUGGUCAAACAAUACAACUGAAGACUCAAGUUUUCCGAAGAUAUCAAGAUGAUGAUGAUGAUGAUGAUGAUGAUCAUCAUCAUCAUCAUCAUCAUCAUGAUAAUGUUUACGAAGGCCAAGAACAAGAAGGAAGAGAAGAAAAUUUUGACCCUCAUUAUUAUGAAGUUUAA